CGCGGCCCUCACUUCCGGCGGCGCGAGGGGCGCCCAGCGAGUGAGCGAGCCAGGGUGGCGGCCGGUGGCCCGCGGCACGAAAAUUCUGAGCUGAGGAGCUCUAGGAGGUGAAACUUCAGAAGAACAGAGCAGAGUGUUAAGAGUACAUCUGGCUCAUCACCAUGAGGUUAGGAAAACCUAAGGGAGGUAUUUCUCGGAGCUCAAGCCAAGGAAAAGCUUAUGAGAACCCACGCAAAACAGGCCGGCAGCGGCAAAAAUGGGGAAUGACUGUUCGAUUUGACUCAAGCUUGAGUAGACUGAGAAGAAGGUUGGAUGAGAAGCCCUAUAAAUGUACUGAAUGUGAAAAGAGUUUCAGUCAGAGCUCAACUCUUUUUCAACACCAGAAGAUUCACACCGGAAAGAAAUCCCAUAAAUGUGCCGAUUGCGGGAAAAGUUUCUUUCAGAGCUCUAACCUCAUUCAGCAUCGGCGGAUCCAUACUGGGGAAAAGCCCUAUAAAUGUGAUGAGUGUGGAGAAAGGUUUAAACAGAGUUCAAAUCUCAUUCAACACCAGAGAAUUCAUACUGGAGAGAAACCCUAUCAGUGUGAUGAGUGUGGCCGAUGUUUCAGCCAGAGUUCCCACCUUAUUCAACAUCAGAGAACCCACACAGGGGAGAAGCCCUACCAGUGUAGUGAAUGUGGCAAAUGCUUCAGCCAGAGCUCUCAUCUUAGGCAGCACAUGAAGGUGCACAAAGAAGAGAAACCUCGUAAAACCCGGGGCAAAAAUAUUAGGGCAAAAACUCACUUAGUGUCAUCUUGGAAAGCUGGUACAGGUAGGAAGUCAGUGGCUGGUCUCCGCUGAGUAAAGGGCACUGCUUCAGCCUUCUUUUAAAUACAAAAAUAAAAGCUGUCCCUUUUAGAACUGGAGAUAUUUUGUAAUAGAGCACUUAAAUACUGUAUCCUUUCCUAGCAUGGAGACAUUGGGAGUUUAAUGACCUUGGGCUGAGAAAAACUACAAGUCCAGCUGGUCUUGUUUCUUUUUAUGUAACUUGGAAGACAAAAACCCGAAACUAUGUUUUGAGAGAAUAUAAGAUCCUUGACCUCAUGUGAUAAUUGCUUCCUGCAUCAUUUUGACAAAAAUAACUAUGUUUUAAUGGCACGUGUGAAAGUGCAGGUAUUCUAGUGACUCCUCAGUUUUAGGACUUUCUGUGGAAGUAAUUAAAAGGGAGAAGAAAUUAAUUCCGUUAGUGUGGAAGUUCUGCAGCCGAUGAGGAGAUUUUAUGUUUGUAAAGUUUUGUAGUAUAUUAACCAUUUGGUAUGUAAGUAUGACUCAAGACUCAACAUAUUAAAAUGUACUCCUGUUCACUUAGCUUUUGUUUUUCCCUCCUGCUUAUGGACACUUAUUAAUAAAAGGAAUUGAAUUUCCCUGUCUUUCACCCAGUGCUUAAUAAGAGAUCCUCUAGAAGCCAAAGUGAGAACUGAAGUAGACCACAAGUCUCCUAUUCCCACUAGCACAGUUCUUUGAGAUGGUGUUACACUGUGCCACUUGUUUCUGAGAAGUUGGGGUGGCUUCAUGUUCACCCGUCCCCAUGCCUUUGGCUUUCGGCAUUCGCUUACCCUCUGACAAACUGAGCCAGCCUGUUAGAUCUACAUGAAUAAGUAAUUAAACCAUAUCCUACCAGCACAUCUCAACUUGUUAAUUAGAAAUCUACAAUUUACACGCUUCCCUGCUUUCCCCCUUGGAGAGUUUUAGGUAACACUGGUUAUCUUAAACAAAUGCUUGUCGACAGUGAAAGUCAUUUGACUCCAGUGUCCGUGCAUCUGUAGCUCAAUGUGUAGAUUUUGAAAUGUAAGUUAACUUCCUCUGAGUCGAUACGAAUUAUUUAUGAAGUUGAGCAAACCUGUUUCUUAACUUUCGUCAGGACAGUGCCAAGUGUCAGACAUUCUGAUCAGCCUUCAGCUCAGGUUUUAAUUUCUAUUGAAAGCUAACAUUCUUCUGAUUUUUUUGUAUCUUUUGUAAUCAUACCAGUUCCUGCUGUAUUAAUGACAUCCAUAAAAAUAAAGAAAAUGAAAUAUUUUGCAUACGA